AUGGCGAGGCCAGCAGAUGCUCCCCGGGGCCCUGGAGGCGCCAUCGACCUGAUGCAGGAGAAGCUCGCGGCGCUUCGUGCCAAGCGCGGGAGCACCAGAAAAGGCAGGAAGUGGCUGUGCCGCGUCCUAGCCGAACGCGCUCUCGAGGCGACGGCCGAGCUGAUCGUGGAGGCCGAGGAGAGGCAGAAACGGAGGAGGAAGAGGAAGUCCCGAAGAGGUCGGGAAGACGAGGAGGACGAGAUGACCGACAGCAGCGACGAGGAGGAGCUCGGGGCGCAGGAGGACACAGCAGUGCGUCGGACGGCCAAGGAUCGGCCAGGCGCACUUCUCCAGUCCACCAUUGUGAUGAUGAAGCGCCACCUCGGCGGGUCGCAUCAUCAAGGCGAGACCGAGGGAGCUAUCGACACGACGACCCUGGGGACGAACUACCUCAACAAGGCCCUGGGGCAGCCUGGGAUCAAGGUCCCUUUCCGCUGCGAGCGGGAGCUGCGGACAUUGGCGGCCAUCCUCGACGAGCUGCUCUCCGGCCGGAUUGUCCAGGCGGGCGACUUGCUUGUCCAGAGGCUCCGCGCCCUCGAAGCCUCUCUCCAGGAAGACGGAGGAUGGUCUACUGCGCGUCACCUAGAGGUGGUUCCAGAUUCAAGGGUGACGACGGUGACGCCAAGCUUGAAGGCGAUGGCGUCGAAGACCGAGCGCGACGAGCAGAAGUCCAAGGCCGUCCUGCAGUCGCAGCGGCAGCCAUCGCGCGAGGCGGGGGCGAGCUGGUGGAAGCGGGGCGAGUCCGGGAGCGACGCGGAGGAGCUCCCCUCCGCCAUCACCCACGAGGGCCUGGAGAAGCCGGGCAAAGGCAAAGGACCCAGGAGAGGACAGGAGAAGGCCGGCGUCCCGAUUCGUGCCAGCUUGAACGACCUGGCCCGCGGGUCGGCCAUCCCACGCCCGGGCAUCUACAUCGGCCGCAGCCGGGGGGAGUUCGGAAAACCCCAGGGUUGGGGCAACCCCUGGAAGCUGGCAGGGGCGUCAGAUCACGAGAGGGAGGACGUCACCCAGAAAUACGCGGAGUACUUGCGGAGCGAAGCGGGGCGCUGGGUCCGGUAUCGUCUGCACGAGCUCCGCGGGGCGAAGCUCUACUGCCACUGCGACCUGGACCAGCCAUGCCAUGGCGACGUCCUUUGCUCCCUCUAUUGCUCCGUAGCUUCCCAAGUUGCUGGCGAGCAUGGGCAGCUUCCCUCACUGGAGGGCCUUUGCCCCGCCGAGGUGGGUUUGGCGUUGAAGUGCCACCUCUGCUUUUACGAGCAUCGGCAUCAAGAGGUGCUCACCGAGGUGGCGGAGAGGUGUUGCGACGUCGAGCGGGGGGCAGCGACGGUCCGCGACCUGCUGCCCUUUCCGCUCUCGCCGUUACCCACCGACGCGGAAAAGGCGCCAGCACUGGCAGCAAACCGGGGGGAAGCCGUGACGACAGAGAUGGUGGAGCAGGCAGGGCUCGAGGCACGGAUGUAUCUCAUUAAGUGGUCCUUGAACCAGCUUAAUCGAGGAGGUGGUCGGAGGAGGAGCUGCGUGGACUACAAUUCCCACCCCGGGGACUUGGGCACGAGCUCAUGCAACGGUACGGAAGACGAGCUGCGAGGCUCGGCGGGUGCUGGGUCAGCAGCUCAGCAGGCAGCGCUGGACCAGUUGAGGUUGUACGUGAGCGACUUCGUCAAGGGCCACGACAUCCCCAUAGUCGACUGGGCGGAAACCUUACGUCAUGCUCGGCUGGAUUAUCAGGGAGAGGAGAUGAAGGUCCCAGAAAAAGUCACAUGGGAGCAGAUCGAGCCGGCGCUACCCCCAGUAGGCCAGUCAGCGAGGGUGCGCGCCACUGGGCUUGUCCAGGGCGUGUUGAAACAUUAUCUUGAAAACCCUCAGCUCUGCCUGUUGCCCGAGGGGGAGUGGCCUCCAGCAGUUCCCACUGCCAAGGUAUGGGUCGACAGCGAGGCCGAAUGGCAUCGAAUUUGCCAGGGCGCAGCUCGGAGGGGAAUCUUCUCUUUCAUCUCCGCGCGGGACGUCUUCAAGGUGAAGGGAGUUCCAGUGUUGAACGGCUUGUUCGGCGUCCCCAAGCGCAACAAGAAGCUGCCGGGCACGGACAAGGCGAUCCUGCGCCUCAUCCUCAACGCCAUCCCGACGAACAGCUACCAGAAGGUCCUCGAGGCUGACAUCAGAUGUCUACCUUAUUACAUGCAGUGGGCCGGCAUCCAGCUGGAGGACGAGCAGGUCCUGGUGUGGUCCGAGAGCGACAUGACUUCGGCGUUCUACAAUUUCCAGAUGGAGCCUGAAUGGUUGAAGUAUCAGGCGAUUGGGCGCGCGGUGCCUGGUCGAAUCGCCGCUGAAUUCUGCCCGCACUUGGCCAGCGAGGAGGCGGUCUAUCCAGCCAUGGCGGUGAUGGCGAUGGGAUGGCAGUCAGCGUGCGGGAUACUUCAGCAUAUUCAUCGAAAUCUAUGUUUUCUGCCCCCUCCGAUGGGUGCAGGAUUGGAUCCAAGCAGAGAGGUGCGGCGAGACGCGCCUCUGCCUGGGUCCAUGGAUCCAGAUAGGCGCUCCUUCUUCACGGUCUACCUCGACGGCUUCAGCCAGGGCGAGCUGCAGGACUUGACAAAGCUGGCGACGCUGAAGGACCUGCCCGACGAGACGGCCGCCGUUCACGAGAUGUGGGACGCUUGGGGCAUCCCCCGGCAGACUGGGAAAGAGGAACAUCGGGCCCUCGAGUUAGACGUGCUUGGCUGCCGGCUUUCCGGGGAAUUGGGCCGAUUGGUCCUUCCCCGAUCCACGGUGGCGGAGCUGAUGUCGUUGAGCGCCUGGUUCACGGCCCCUGGGCCGCGCACCCAGCUCGAGGCCCAGAUCUUCGGGGGUCGUUGGGCGAGAGCAUUCCAGACCCGCCGCGAGCUCAGCUGUGUGUUCCACGAAUUUUGGGCGUGGCUGACGUCCCAACCAUCAGGAAAGCGGCGGAAGGAGCUGACCCCAGAGGUCCGGGACGAGAUCCGGACAGCGGUCUACCUCUUACCACUGUGCUUGAUGGACUUGCGGGCGCAUGUGAGCCCUCUGGUCGUGGCCAGCGAUGCCUCGGAGUCGGGGAUGGGCGUGUGCCGCACCUCGUCGCUGACCCCGCUGGGGUUGGAAGCCUUGGCAGUGAGACUUGCCGCGCAACCGAGGCACCAGAUGGAGGUAGGCUUAAUCGAGGUCCGCGCUGGCAUCGGAGGACUGCGAGCUGCGCUGGCGGCCUGCGGCGUCCACCCCGAGGUGUACUGCGCGAUUGAGGUGGACAGUAUGACCAGCAGAGUGGUGGAGGCAGCCUGGCCCGCGGCGAUCCUGGAGGGGGAGGCGCAGGCAGUCGGCAAGAGCCAGUUGCGGAAGAUCGUCGAGAAAGCCCCACACGUCAAAUUGUGGGUGCUUGGUGGGAUCAUCCCGCUCAAGCCAGGGGGCUCCAACUCGCGCCUGGCGCGGUUCGACGGCCCCGAGUCGACCCAUCGGGAGAUCUUGAGAUUGGCCAGGGAUUUGCGCAGCUUGGUCAUGGACCCGGGCAUCCACGUCGCUACAUACGCGGAGUGCGACGCAGGCAUUGACGACGAUGUGUGCCGGACUAUCUCGAAGCACUUCGGGGCGAGGCCCGCGGAGAUCUGCCCGUCGGCGCGAAUCCCGAUGCAAAGGCCGAGGCUGUAUUGGAUCAGUUGGAAGAUCAAGGCCGCAGAUGGGUUCAGCGUGACCCCGGGCAGCACUAAAGACAUAUUGCGCUUCCACCCUGUGAAACCACGCCUGCUGGACAAGGCGUGGAUGGACCCGGGAUGGCAACGGACGACUGCCAGUCCCCUCCCGAUCUUCGUGGCGCCAGUCCAGCACGCGGAUCCGCCGCAAGACCCAGCAGGACUCGAUGCAUGCGACGAGUGUGCCAGGGCCCGAUGGGCUGACGACAAUUACCGGUUUCCCCCCUUGCAGUACCAGUGGAAGUACGGCAUGGUAAGGAGCAAGCCAGGGGAGCCGCAGUGGCGAUACCCAAAUGCCCGGGAGAGAGAGAAGCUCCUGGGGUACCCGCCGGGCUACACGGAACCGGCGCUUCGGACUGCAGCGGGCCACGCUGAGCGCGAGGAUGCGCGGCUCGGGCUGCUCGGAAACGCCCUCCACACAGGUGUGGCGGCGUUUCUCUUGGCCAGGCUGUUUGAGGCCAGUGGCAUACCGUCGAAGGACCCUGCCGCGAACUUCCUCGUCAUAGGCGAAGAGCGUCCGCACCCGCAGGUGGACAACCCUGGCGUGGAAAUGGUGCGUGAACUGGUGCGGCGGCAGGCCGUCGCCCUGCCCCAGGGCGCCCGCGGCGAGCGCAGCUGCUCGGGCGCGGCCGCCGCCCCCGAGCCCGGGGGGCCCGGCGCGGGCGUCGGCGAGGGCGGCAGCGGCGAGCGCCAGAGCGCGGGCGCGGCUGCCGCCCCGGAGUCUGCCGAGGAGGGCGCCCUGCCGGCCGCCCGGCCCGCGGGCUCCCUGGCAGCCGCGGGCGCCCCGGCGGCCGAGGAGGGCGCCCCCGCGAGCGGGAGUGCGGCGGCGCCGCCGGGGGCGGCCCUCUGCACCGACGCCGGCGGCGGCGCCAGGGGCCGCUGCCGUGCGUGCGGCCAGUGCGGCUCCUUUGCGCUGCCGCGCAGGGCCUGCCUCCGCUGGGCGGGCGACCCCGGCAGCAGCGACGAGGAGGGCGCCGCGGGGCCGCCGGCCAGGGAGGAGGAGCCCUGCGAGCUGUGCGGCUGCCCCGCGUCGAGCCACGCGGAUCUGCGGGCGUGGGUCGCCGAGGUUGUGGCGCACAUGCGCCGCUUCAGGAACACCGGCAGGAACACGAAGAGGAGGCUACCGCGCCGAGGGUGGUUGCCGGCCACGGCCUGCGCCUGGCCGCCAGCGGACGCCGCGCUCUUCGCGCUGACGCUCGGCGUGUUCGACCCGCAGGCGCACGGUCGCCACGAGGAGAGCUCGGAGGCGGGGGCCUUGGUGAGCGUGGUCUGCCCCACAAGCGAGAGCAGGCAGGCCUUUCACCCGCUCCUGUACGAGUGCUUCCGCACCCAGAGCUACGAGCCCAAGGAGCUGGUGGUCAUCGACACGGGCACCCGGCCCUCCGCCUUCCUGCUGGGCCGCGCCGCAGAGGACCCCCGCGUGGUCUACCGCCACUUCCCCGUGCAGGACGCACGCACGCAGGAUUUGCAGGACUGCCUCUGGGACCCGCCAGCGGACCCCUGGGCCGCAGGCUGGCCGCUCGCCGCCGCACCGCGCGGGGGCGGCGCUGCGCGGCGGCGGCAGCUCGGUGCGCCGCGCGCGCCCGCAGCGGCGCCGCUGCAGGUGCAGCGCUUCCGCGGCGGGGUCCGCGGCGGCGUUCGCAGGGAGGGCUGGACCCUGGGCCUCAAGCGGAACCUCGCGUGCCACCUCGCCAGGGGGGGCAUAAUUCUGGAGAAGCUCAUGCAGGCUGUCAGGCCCCGGCUGGCUCCCGCGUGCAGGCCGGCCGACGUGGCGGCCGCCGCCACACUGGCCGACUGGCACGUGAUCGACCUGGCAGACGAGACGUUCGGCUUCGUCAGCCCCAGGACAGACCCACUCCUGCCAACGGACAUGAGGGAGGCGUUCGUGUACGGCUUCGGCUUUAGCUACGUCUACACGCGGGCGGCGUGGGCGCUCGAGCCCUUCGCCGACGUGGAGUGGUCAGAGGACGGCAACUUCACCGCGGAGCUGGUGCGCAGGGGCAAGCCCGUGGUCUUGGUCAAGACACCGCUGGUCCGCGGGGUGCCGGACGCCCUCGCGGCGCACAGCCACCACUGGGACACCACGAGCGGCGGCGAGUUCGUCGACGUGCAGUGCCGCGAUGGCUCGGGCUACGGCCUGCGGCAGGUGUCGAGGGCAGUCCGCAUGGGCUCCAAGUGCGCGCCCCCCGAACCGCUGGUGCCGCUUCUGGACAUGGCGAGGGCCGCCGUCGCAGGCAUGGACCUGAGGCGGGGCGAAGUGCACCCUCUGCGGCGGCAGCUGGCCGAGCGCCCCGUGGCCAAGGAGGUGGGCCUCGUCGAAAAGGCCGCCUUCCUGCAGACGCCCCUGGGCCGCAGCCUCGUGGCCGACCCCGGCACGCGCAGCGGGCGCGACCUCGGGUGGCGGCGGGCGCUUCCGCCCGGGGCCCGCGGGCCCGGAGCAGGUUUCAGAUUUCCGUGA